AUGACCACAUACAACAAGCUGCAGACGCGCGAACAGAUCAAGAUAGAAAGGCGCUUCAUCUUCCUUGACCGUAAGCAGAAGGGUCUCUCAAAAAAGCGCGCAAAGACUACUGCUUCUCCACCGAAAGACCCCCUCGGCGAUGUUGAUGACUCUUUCCAGACAGGUGUUGUAAUCGUAGAUGAUCCGGACCCAGAGCAUUCAGAGUCAGAUUCGGACGACGAUCAUACACCGGACGACGUACAGUUGGUCGACUUUCUUGACGAGACGGCCGACGUCCUCGGCACGAGUUGCAUUGUCGUUGCGCAGUGCGAUUAUCUCUCGAAGGACCAGCGUGAUUCGAUCGUUGGCGUGAUCAAAACGCAUCACGGUCGCGUCAUGUUGCUCUAUGAGGUCCACCUUCUCAAAGCCCUUUACAUCCCCCCAGGUAUCCUCAAAGAAUUACGGAGAAUUACGAAGAAGUUCCCAAACAACGUGGUUACAUGCAUAGAUGAGGACAUCCUGCAUACAUUCUUUGUCUGGCACGACCUCACUUAUACUCCGAAGCUAGGCCAGGAAGAGUCUGUGGAAGAGGUCUGGAAGGGAGCAAAGUAG